AGUUCGGAAUUAGCUACAACUGCCGAUGAUAAUAACUCGCAUGUAAUACAUUCAAGAAGAAAUCUUGAAGAGAAAUAUCUUGAGUUUGAAGCCAAGGUAUGGGCUAUAAGAACCUUUCUUAUUUGAUGUAGUUUUUACCUCUCAAGGCAGUGUGAAAAUAUUACCUAUUAUUCUAUUUUUUCCUUUUUUGCAUUUCAAAUUUUAGUUUGUGUCCACAGUCCAAGUGGUGGAAACCAUCAAAAAGCAGUUUUCCGAAAACAAAAACAUGUCUAGGGAUGAUAUUGAAAAGAUCGAGAAGUAUUUCGACGAUCUUGAGAAAAUCAAUUUGGAGUUCGAAUCAAUCGAAAGACCGUGGCUUGAAAUUGAAACCUAUUUACAAAAACCAGAAUUAGAAUCAAAGAUGGAGCUUGAAGUGACAUUAACCGCCACUGACAAGCCUAGAUUGUCAGGAUCUCAACUGUUGGCAAACUCUCCGACAUCGAAAACAAUAAUGUUAACAUCAGUAGAGGAUCAUAAUAACUUUGAGAGCAUGUCUUCCCCCACUGCUGAAAGUACAUCGAUCGAAAAACUCAAAAUUAACGUUGGUUUCCAAAAAGAAGACGACACGUUGAUGCAAAGUCAGAGCCCAGUUGGAGUUCUAUCCCCUGGUUCAAAACUCGAAGUCCUCGAAGUUAUUGAGAAAGCAAUGAAUGAAAAGUUUUCCACCAUCUUAGAAGAACUAGAAAAACCGAUGAAACUUAGUUCGCUAGCUCAUAGUUCAUCGCCACCCGCCGAAUUCUCCAACAAUGCCAACACAAAUAAUAAUAAUCUAGUACCUGUCGAAUUCUCCAACAAUGCCAACACAAAUAAUAAUAAUCUAGUAAAAGAAUUAGAUGACGUCUCGUUCUUCGGAACUUAA